GACGUCGCUCAGAGGGUGGGCGGAGCCAAGCGGCUGUGUUGGAAUGUGGCGGCGGCGACGCGGGCGGCGGCGGCCGAGGUGCUGAUCCCCGGCUGCUCCCGGUGUCCACCUCCGCUCGCAGGGUCGGGGCAGCUUCAGCUCCGUGGGGCCCCGCAGCCAUGUCCACCUUCCGGCAGGAGAGCGUGGAGGACUUCUAUGAGAUGGGGGAAGAGCUGGGCAGUGGGCAGUUUGCCAUCGUACGGAAGUGCCGGGAGAGGAAAACGGGUCUGGAAUACGCGGCCAAGUUCAUCAAGAAGCGUCGGUUGUCGUCCAGCCGCCGCGGCGUGAGCCGGGAGGAGAUCGAGAGGGAGGUGGACAUCCUGCGGGAGAUCCAGCACCCCAACAUCAUCACCCUGCACGACAUCUUCGAGAACAAGACGGACGUGGUGCUCAUCCUGGAGCUGGUCUCAGGCGGCGAGCUCUUCGAUUUCCUGGCUGAGAAGGAGUCCCUGACAGAGGAGGAGGCCACCCAGUUCCUCAAGCAGAUCCUGGACGGGGUGCACUACCUGCACUCCAAGCGCAUCGCCCACUUCGACUUGAAGCCAGAGAACAUCAUGCUGCUGGACAAGAACGUGCCAAACCCUCGGAUCAAACUCAUCGACUUCGGGAUCGCCCACAAGAUUGAAGCGGGGAAUGAAUUCAAGAAUAUAUUUGGGACCCCGGAGUUUGUAGCCCCAGAAAUCGUCAACUACGAACCCCUGGGGCUGGAGGCUGACAUGUGGAGCAUCGGGGUCAUCACUUACAUCCUGCUGAGUGGAGCCUCCCCCUUCCUGGGGGAAACGAAGCAGGAGACCCUGACCAACAUAUCUGCUGUCAACUACGACUUCGACGAGGAGUAUUUCAGCAACACCAGCGAGCUGGCCAAGGACUUCAUCCGCCGCCUGCUCGUCAAGGACCCCAAGAAGCGGAUGACCAUCGCUCAAAGCCUGGAGCACCCUUGGAUUAAGGUGAUCAAGAGGAGGAACGUCCGCAACGAAGACAACUGCAAGAAGCCCGAGCGCCGCCGGCUGAAGACCACGCGCCUGAAGGAGUACACCAUCAAGUCCCACUCCAGCAUGCCACCAAACAACACGUACAUCAACUUUGAGCGCUUCUCCAAGGUCAUGGAGGACGUGGCUGCAGCUGAGGAGAGCCUCCGAGAGCUGGAGAGGAACAAGAAGUCCUUCCAGGAGGACAUCGAGGCCCUGCUGUCCAUCUAUGAGGAGAAGGAGUCGUGGUACAAAGAGGAGAACGAGAGCAUCAGCCAGGACCUCCGCCAGAUCCGGCAGGAGCUGCAGAAGACGGAGGCCCUGAAGAAGCAGGUGCAGGAGGAGACCAAGAGCGUGGUGCAGGUGGCCAAUGGCCUCAAGAGGCAUUACCGAAAGCUGGAGAACCACUACGAGGCGCUGGCCAAGCAGGUGGCCUCGGAGAUGAAGUUUGUCCAGGAGCUGGUGUGGUCCAUUGAGCGGGAGAAGCUGCAGAGCAGCGAGGGCGACGGCAGCAUCCGUUAGCUGGGCCGGGGCUGGCUGCCUGCGGGAUGAGGUGGGAUCAUCCUUCCCGAGCCGCCGGCUCACCCCAGGAGCCGCUCCACCGACAGCCUUUGGUGAAGGUCCCCCGGCUCUGCCGGGCUCGCAGUGGUGUGCAGGGGGGCUUGUGCCUCCCUGGAGACCCCCCCUCAGGGCGCUGCAGUUGUGCUCACCUGGGUUUUGGCUUCCUGCGUGCGGCUCUUGCUUGGCUUCACGUCCCUGUGCUCCCCUGGCUGCUCCCUGCUCCCAGCCACAGUGCUCAGGGACCAGUUCUCCCCAUCCCACCCAGGGCCUGGCUCUUGGAGCUGCCGGGGGGGCUGUCGAUGGGGGGACCCCUCUCUGCACCCCGGCAGCGGCUCAGUGCCUGGCACACAUGGCCCCUGACGUGCCGCAGCCCCAUGGGUGACCCCGGCUGUCCCCUGUCCCCCUGGGGCAUCGACUCCCCCAGCCCUCGGUCCCACGGGCACUCCCCCUUUUAACAGAAUAAAGGUUUCCGUGCACCGGG